AUGGCUAAGCAGAAAACAACAACCAAAUCUACCAAAAGGUAUAGGUAUUCAUCCUUUAAGGAUAAAAUCGACGACUUGCGAAUUGAACCUGCUAAAAAUCUGGAUAAGCGUGUUCAUGAAUAUGUUGAGUCUUCACAUUUUUUAUCCUCUUUCGAACAUUGGAAGGAAUUUAAUUUGAGCGGAGGGUUCAUCAAUUUUGCUAGAGAAAUUAAUGAUUUAGUACAAACCCUUCCGCAGAUAUUAUACCAUGCUGAAAAAAUUUUUGAUACACUCGUUGAAAAUAUUGGCAAGCAUGAUGAUAAAUCACUGCAACCUUUGCUUGAUUUGCUAUCUCAAUUUUGUCAUGAUUUAGGUCCCGACUUCUUAAAAUUUUAUGAACGAGCAUUAACCACUAUUAUAGACCUACUAGAUGAAGCCAUAUCAUUUGAGAAUUCUAGUGUUUUUGAAUGGGGAUUUAAUUGUCUAGCAUACAUGUUCAAGUAUCUAACCAGAUACUUAUCUCAAGAUUUACUACCGACUUUUAACCUUUUAUUUCCACUAUUAUCACACAAGAAGGAAUAUAUGUCCAGGUUUUCAGCCGAGGCGCUCUCUUAUUUAAUACGCAAAAUGAGCAGCACGAAUUUAUUUAAUUUCGUGGAGUAUGCUAUGGGUAAACUAGUUGAUACAGAGAGUAACAACUUUUACGAUGGUCUUCAGACACUUUUCAGUGAAUCUUUAAAAUCUACAUCCGAAUCAUUACAUUCUAAGUCUGGUACAAUAGUAGAUACACUAUUAAAGGUCUUACUAAAAAAAGAGCUUCAUGCAGUUACCGUAUCGCUAUUCAGCGAUGUUUUUAUGGAUAUUUCAAGACAUGCGUCCGCAGAGAAUAUUGCGCAAUUAUAUGAGCUAAUCCUUGGGAAAUUGAGCCAUUAUAUGGAGCAAGAGAGUGAAUCUGCUGAUCUAGACAAAAUAUCGAAAGUUCUAUCUGUUCUUGCCUUUGCUGAAAGUGGUAGAAAAGUUCCAAGCUGGGAUACACUCACAGAAUGUGUGAAGAUGGUAUUAAACCACCAAAAUAAGGAUUCUAUGUUACCAGAAACCACCUCAUUCAUGUUCGCAGUUAUAAUACGUAACUCUAAUGUGAGAACUCUAACCAGCUUUCACAAACUUGCUUGUGAAUAUUAUUUGGAACGGUACCCAUCGCAUUUUACUGAGUUCUUCAAGCUUUUAUUAGAUUCGGACAGUGAUAAAGUAAUAUCAUUUAACAUGAUAAAGUUUCUUCAAAAGUUUAUAAACAAUCAUUGGCAGGACAGCCAAAUGAAGUUGGCCUUAUUUUUCCUACACUUAAUUGAAAAGCCAGGCCUUGAGGAAAAAUUACACAUUUCGAUACCUGCUCAGUUCACCAAUCAAUUACUUGACGAUUUAAACCAAUUCAAAAAUGUUAUGGAAAGCGAUGUUUUAAUUCAAAUAUAUUGGAGAAUUCUUAUUAUUAAGAGGUCAACCGUCAAUAAUCAUCCCUCACUAAAGAGUCUGGCAGAAAGGUUGCUAUCUAUAAGUUCUCCUAAUGACUUCACUAAGGAUGUUGUUGGUAAUCUUCUUUUCUUUGUUUUCUCAACAGCUCAAUCCGAAGAAAAUCUAUUAUCUCAAGUUGUUGGCUCAUUUUGUAAAUUUCACGACAGCACAUUAUUCAUUGAGGGUGUAAAUCACAUCAUCUCUUCAGGACGUCUCUCUCCGCAUUUAUUGUUUGAUAAUCAAGAAAUUAUGAGCAGUGUUACAGAUAACUUGUUAUUACCGGACAGGAAUAUUCGUGCAGCUUCUUUGAGGUUGAUUAUGAAAAUGUAUUCAGCAUAUGGAAACCCUACACCUCAAAUUAUUAAUGAUCUUUCAAUUAUUGAGGAAAUUCCUUUGACAUUUGAUAACGGUCGUGAUAUCACAACAAGAAUACGGAAACUUGGUUCUGAUUUUUCGAAAUUAAAGCCUGGAAAACUGGUUUGUGAGAUAUUCUUCAAGCAUUUGUUUGGUCUACUAACUGUUCGCUUUUCUCCAAUAUGGGAUGGAAUAACAGAAAUCCUACCUCAAGUGUAUGAAAAGGACCAACGGUUAGUUUGGUGUUUGAUGUUGCAUCUUAUCAGGAUCCUUGAUAAUAACUCUCCUGCUGAUUAUUCCGGAAUCCAGUGCGCAAUUUCUGAUAGAGAUGUUUUCUGGAAAGUCAGCAUCAAUAGGUUAAACGACAGUAUUCAAGCUGCUGAUAAUAUAUUUGAGCUAUAUCACUCUCUUGAUUCAUCAUUUAAUGAUAUAUUGACUAGAAAUAGGGUCAACAAAGAAUAUCCUGGUAUGAUAAGAAAUCAAGCAUUAAAGCUGCUUUUGCUAUUGCCAAGUUUGGCAGAAAAAAAUUCAAGGGAUAUUGUUCCACUUUUACUGAAUUCAGAUUCUUCUGAUUUCGUUGAUAUUGAAGAGCCUGAAAAAACAUAUACGUCUUCUACAUGGUCAGAAAACGAUCGUAAUUUAUUGUUGAAAAUUUUUGGAAAAUUCAAAAAUAUUAAAGCAAUUUAUAAAUCUGAAGAGGUUCGUGAAAGAUUGCUUAUUUUAUUAGGUAGCAGGACAAUUGAAGCUCAAAAAUUAGCUCUUGGUGGUAUUUUGUGCUAUAAAGAUCCAGUUUUGGUGAAGUACAGAGAUAACUUAGAAAAUUUAUUGGACGACGCAUUGUUCAAGGAUGAAAUGACAAAGCUUCUUGCUACAGAUGAAGCUCGUAUGAUUGACGGUUCUUCUGAGGCUCGUUUAAUGCCGUUAGUCUUGCGCAUUUUAUUUGGUCGUGUUCAAACACCUAAUACAUCUGGUAUUAAGAAAAGCAGAAAGGCUUCGGUUAUAACUGUUUUGCCAGGGUUUAAAGAGAUGUAUGUUGCAGAGUUUUUGGCAUUGGGAUGUAAGCGUUUUAAUUUUACCUAUUUCUUUGAAAACUCCGGUAAAAUAGACCCAAAUGAAGCAACUGUAUCAGUUUUAAGAAGAAUGGUUGGUUUUGUGAACGUUGUUGGAUCGUCUGUCACUGUAUUGGGAUCUAAAUUCCCUCGUGCAAUAGAGACAAUUAUUAAACCGCUAAUUUACACCAUGUGUAUGUCAACUUAUGUGGUCGAACAGGGUAUGGUUGCUAAUAACAUUGACAAAAUUGCUGCAACUUUAAGGCAGCAAGCUAUGAAAUGUUUUUAUAAUAUAUUUGAACAACUUGGAGACGUACUAGACUGGGCUCCAUUAACUGCAGUCAUUUAUGAAAAUGUUAUUAUGCCUCGUAUUCCUAACUUUGAACAUGAAAACUUACAGCAACCAUCAUCCAUAAUGAAAAUAAUGACUUAUUGGACUAAGUUCAGAUCACUUUACAAGUUUCUUUACUAUGACAAUUAUUCUGCCGUACUGCAGCUGUCAAAUGUUCUGGCAAACGUAAACGCAAAAGAAUCUGUUGUUGCUGUCAUACUAGAUGCCUUCAACAACAUAAUUAAGAAUCCGGUCAAAGAAGAUGAAUAUGUGGAAUUGGUAGUCCUAGUUGCAUCGACAUCUUUGUAUGCAUUACCGGCAUUGUUGGAAAGACUAUCUGACCAAAACGUUUUGUCUAUAGUCAUUGACUUAUUGUUCAAUGUUACAGAAGGAGGGUAUAUACAAGGUGAUGAUACUAGAAGGCAGUUUGUCAGUUCUUUGGUUUCUUUCCUAGAGAAGGAUAUAUCCAUUCUAAAGGCAAAUGACAAGGAGAAAAUAUUUAGUUCUCUAGCCUUUUUGGUCACUUCUUUUAACUGUACUUGGAAAGAAAUUGAACCGUUAUAUUUGGUAUCUUCAAAGUACUACAGCACUUUCCAAGAAAAAAGUCUUAGACAAUCUCUAAACAAGCUUUUCAGUAGUAUUGCUUUAAGGUUUGGUGAAAUAGAACAGGUUGCUGAGCUUUUGACUGCCCUGAACUCUUACUCCACAUCUCGCAUUCAAGAAUACGAUUUUGGGUUAAUUUUGCCGGCAUUUAAAGUAUUUAUGGACAGCCAAUACAAAAGCUUUAAUGAGAGACAAUGGCUACCGAUAAUUUAUUGUAUGCUGUAUUUUAUUAAUGAUAAAAAUGAGCUAGCGAUUAGGACAAAUGCCUCACAUACGUUGAACCGCUUUGUUGAUUACAUGAAUACAAAAACAUCUCUUGAAGAUGCUAAGGGGUGUGCGGCCGUCAUAGAAGAAAUUCUUAUGCCUCAUAUCAAGUUGGGCCUCAGAAAGGCUACUGAAGAGAUUCAAUCGGAAUAUAUUACGGUUUUGUCAUAUAUCAUUGCAAAUGCGAAAUAUUUUAAAGAAUUAGACGAUGCCAAAGUGCUUUUAUUCAAUGACGAUGAAGAAGCUAAUUUUUUCACUAACAUCAACCAUAUACAGUUACAUCGUCGUCAGAGAGCAAUUAAAAGACUGGGACAAAUCAGUCAUCAGCUUUCUCCUAACACCAUAUCCCAAUAUAUGGUCCCAAUGAUCGAGCAUUAUGUAUUCUGCCACGAAGAGAAAUAUCGAAACGUUUGCAAUGAAGCUAUUGCUACUAUUGGCAUCCUUUCUAAUCAUAUCACUUGGAAUCAAUAUAAGGCGCUAUUAAGAAGGUAUAUUGCACUUUUGAAAUCGAAGCAAAGUCAUCUGAAAGAAAUUGUAUCUGUGAUAAUUAAUAUCACUUCAUCCUUCAAAAACUCUGCUGAAAGCCAGAAGAAUUUUGAUGAAAACAAGCCUAGCAUUGUGAAGUUUCCAAAGAAUUCAGAAGAACCAACGCAAUAUGUUAAAGCAGAAAUAUAUCCUGUAUUGCAUAAAAUUUUAAGUCAUAGGGAUGAAGAAACGAUAGUGGCUAGGAUUCCUUUGUCCCAAGCACUCGUCAAUCUGAUACUUGGACUAAGUCAAGAGGAUACAAUAUCGCUGCUACCCGGUAUACUAAUUAAUACUUGUCAGGUUUUGCGUAGUUCAUCUGAGGAAUUACGUGAAGCGGUGAGAAAAAACUUGAGCAGUAUCGCAACUUCUUUAGGUCCUGAAUAUGUUAGCUAUAUUAUACGUGAGUUGAAAUCUGCUUUAUCUCGCGGUUCCCAAAUUCAUGUCUUAAGUUACACAGUUCAUUAUUUGUUGAUGUCAAUUUCUAAAACCUUGAAUCAUGGGGAUCUUGAUGAUUCUGCUCAGCUAAUCGUAAACAUUAUUAUGGAAGAUAUGUUCGGGACCUCGGGACAAGAAAAGGAAGCAGAGGGCUAUGUUUCCAAAAUGAAAGAAGUGAAAUUUAAUAAAAGUUUUGACACGGGUGAAAUUUUGGCAGCUAAUAUAAGCCUAUCAAAGUUUGCAGUUUUGUUGCGGCCAGUUAAGGCGGUAUUGCAAGAGAAUCUUUCCUUAAAAAACCAGAGGAAGCUUGAUGAGUUAUUAAGAAGAUAUUCUCUUGGAUUAAAUCACAAUGAGGAGGCUUCUUCACCUGAUGUAUUGAUACUUUGCCAUGAAAUAUAUAUGCAAUCACUCUCCGAUCGUUCAAGCAUGAAGUCAUUGAAGGGAAAAGAACUAAGUGAGAAUGCCGAAUUUUUCUUAAUUGACCUCAAAGCUAAGAAUACUGUAGUACAAGCAGAAAAUUCCCACUAUGCAUUUACUUUACAGAAAUUCUCUUUGGAUAUCCUGAAAACAGUGCUUUCAAGGCAUUCAAAUCUUUUGCAAACUAAUUACCUAAACGGUUUUAUGGCUUUACUAAAAGAGGCGCUUACUUCCGAAAAUGAGGCUGUUGUCAUCAGUGCGAUGAGGCUGCUGAUCAUUAUUAUGAAAUUGGAGUUUGCAGAAGAAUAUGAGGAGAUCUUCAAAAGCUGUGCUAGAAAUGUUUUAAAUUUUGUUAAAGAUUCUCCCUCCACUUCAUCCGAGCUAUGUCAAACUGGUCUGAAGUUUCUAUCUUCCUUAAUUAAAUAUAAGGAUAUUAAGUUAAAAGAAACCGCUCUGGACUACAUUUUGGGUAGGAUCCAACCAGAUUUAAUGGAAUCCAGUAAACAAGGUCUAGCAUUUGCAUUUUUAAAAAGCUUACUCUCAAAGCAUGUCAUGUUACCAAAACUUUAUGAUAUUUUUGAUGCCGUUGCUGAAAUUAUGGUCACUAACCAUGCCAAGGAAAUUAGGGAUGUUGCUAGAAGUGUUUACUUCCAAUUUCUAAUGGAAUAUGACCAAAGCAAAGGUCGCCUGGAAAAGCAGUUUAAAUUCCUUGUGAAUAAUUUGCAAUAUCCCUCCCAGGAAGGAAGGCAAUCAGUAAUGGAAUUACUAAACUUGAUUAUUAAUAAAUCAGGUCCCGAACUGUUAAUGAAAUUAUCAUCUUCUUUCUUUGUUGUUCUAGCUAAUGUGGUUCUUAACGAUGAUUCUCCAAAAUGCAGGAAAAUGGCUACUUUGCUGUUAACGAACCUAUUCAAAAAGCUAGGACCAAAAAAUAUGGUUACAAUUGAGAAAUAUAUCUUAGCCUGGUUGAAACAAAUUGAAAACCCCUUGUUUAUUACCUUAGGCUUAAGGAUAUACAAGAUAUACCUGACUGUGUUUGAUGAUGGCGUUAAAAGUUUGCACGAAAUAGCAGUUGCGCGUAUAAAAUCAAUUAUUGCGGACACAGAAGUUGGAUCAGAAUCUAAGUGGGAGGAUGUCUAUACCGCAUUGGAAACGUUUGCAGUUUACGUGGAAAAGAAAAAGGAGAGUGUUUAUUUGAACAAUUUCAAUAGCACAUGGGACAAUAUUAUUGGUUGUCUAUUGUAUCCACAUGAAUGGGUUCGUUUGUCGUCUUCGCGCCUUGUGAAUGUACUACUCGAUAACAAAGACAGCUUGGAAACUCCAUUAAAUGACUACAAGAUUCAAACCAUUGCUUAUAGGUCCUUCCGAGUUUUGGGUGCUCCGUCUGGGACUAAAGAUGUGGGCUCUAAACAAUCAUCUGUUAAGGUUCUAGUCUCAAUUAUAAUGAAGUGGAACGCAAAUUACACCCCAUUUAUUCUCAAGAAUAAUGAUGAAGAAAACCAAUACGAGGAUGCAUUAGAUUUUGCAGUAUCAAGGACUGCUGGUAUUAUUAGAAGUGAGGAUAAUCCAGCUGAUUCUUCUGCUUCAAAAUUGGCCGCUAUUCAGCUUUUGGCUAUGAUUAUUCAGAUAUUAGACAAUGAGCAAUUAAAAAAGUACGCAGAGAAGAUAAUAUUGCCAUUGUAUACUUUUGUUGAAACGGGGGAUAUUAAGGAAAUCAGAGAAGAAGAUAAUGAGCUUGUAAACAAGGCUCAGGAGUGUAUGGAUAUUUUGGAAUCUAAGUUAUCGGUGUCUGAUUUUACCUCAGCAUAUUCAAAUGUGAAGCAACUUGUUUCACAACGGAGAUUUGAUAGAAGAGCAAGAAGAGCAAAUCUUGCUUUGAAUGCUCCAGCUGUAGCUGCUGAGAGAAAAUUGAAAAAGCAUCUCAGAUCAAGACAGAAGCGAAAGCACGAAAAAGAUGAAAACGGUUACUAUCAGAGGAAAAACAAAAAAAAAAGAGUAUAA